AUGGUUAAACCUUAUUCAAGAACGCGGGAAAGUAAAUUUAUACUCUGAGUUGUUGAAUGAAAGUACUGCUUAACUUUUUGAAGUAUUAACAUAAGAUAAAUCAUGGUCCAGGAAGUUAUAGAAGAAAAGCCAUCAUCUUCAAAACCAGAACCAAGUGAAGAAGAUGUAAAGACUUUGCAAGAAUUAAUGUCUGCAGGAAAACGACAUCUUAUUUGUGGUGAAUACCAAGUUGCUCUGGAUUGUUUUGUUGGAUUGUGUGAAAAACUGGCAAAUGUCUAUGGCCAGACUGCAGAUGAAUGUGCAGAGGCUUAUCUCUAUUAUGGAAAGACAUUAUUGGAACUGGCACGAUUGGAAAAUGGUGUUCUUGGAAUGAAAGAAGCUCCAGAAGACGAUGAAGAAGAAGAAGAAGAUGUAAAUGAUGAUGAAGAUGGAGAGACGGAGCAAGAAAACCAAGAAGAUGAAAUAAAAACUGAGAAACCAAAAGAUGAACAUUCUAAUAAAGACGCAAAGGAUGCUGGGAAUGAAAAUGUAACCACUGAGAAAGGUCAAAGUAAAAGCGAGAAUGAGAAUGGCAGUGAGAUAGCGAAAACAAAAAAUGAAUCCAAAGAAUCCAGUUCAACAACGGAAACAAAAGAAGAAGCAGAUUCAAAAUUGGAGGAUAGUGGAGAAGAAGAUGUGUCGAAUAUGCAGCUUGCUUGGGAAAUGUUUGAAUUGACUGCUUUUAUAUGUAUCAGGAUGUUAAAGAUGGGAAGUAAGAAGGAAAAAGAAGCUAAGUUAACUUUAGCAGAAGCAAAAUAUGGAUUAGCGCAGAUAAGCCUUGAAACAGAACAUUAUAUGGAGGCGAAAAACGACUUUACCGACUGUCUGGAAUAUUAUAAAGAAGUUUUAGAUGAUCCCACUGAUCGAAGACUCGCAGAAGUACACUAUAAUAUAGCUUUGUCUGUAUCGUUCGAUAAACAAUUCGAUGAAGCCAUUAAACAGUACAAGUGUGCUGUGGAAUUACUUGAGAAACGUGUGGCAAACCUUGAAGAGAAAGUGAAAGCUGCUGAAGAUAAAGGAGGAAAAGAAAAAGCGACUUCUGAACAAGAAGAAUGGAAUAAAGAAAUUGAUGAAUUAAAAGAACUUAUUAAGUCAGAUAUGAUGGCCAAGAUCGAAGAUGCUGAGGAUAUGAAAGCACAAGCUGAAAAAUCAGCUCAAGUGAUAAAAGAAGCUACAAAGAAUGUAUUCGACUCUCUUAACUCGAAUGGUUUCGAUAAAGGAUUUGAGGAACUGAAAAAUAUCGCUACAGCGGAGGUUCAUGACAUCAGUAGUAAAGUUCGUUCGGCCAAGAGGCCGUCGGACGAUGAAGAAAAAUCCGAACCAAAGAAGUUGAAAUGUGAAACAAAUCAUUCUGAUGUUAACGGUAAUUCUCAUGCUGAACAAAAAGUUACUCCCUCAGAAGUCUAAAAGCAUAAAUAUAUGGUGUAUGGUGAAUGUUUUACACGUUGUGGACGAAAUGAUUGUACUAUGCGGUAUUAAAAUUUGAGAAACAAAACAUUUGAAUAAUACUAUAAAAAUUUGUAAAUUAUUACAGGAUCUAAAAAAAGAUGUACAUAUGUAAAAAAUA